AUGAGGCCAAAAACAUUUGCUCAAAAUCAUUUUGGAGUUGGAUUAUCUCUUUUGACUUUUGCAGCACUUGGUUAUGGGAUUUCAUUUGACUUUUGGUCAAUGACAAUCUGCAUAAUGUUACUUGGUGUUGUUGAGGCUUCAUUCAUUACUCUUACAACUUCGUUUAUUGACGACAAUACCCACAGAACAACUCCGUUGGGAAUCUUUUACAUGUGCAUACCAACAGGAGUGUUACGUUUACGGUGGAUGAUUUGGAGAUGAAUUUACGUGGAGGUAUGCUUUUUUAGUGAUGCGAUUUUGAUGUUGCCUUCUGCUACGCAAAUGAAAGGUUUUUCUCCACCAGUGAUGAAAUAAUCAUUGACAACUCCAGAGACAAAUGAUAUAGAAAUUGAAGUUAUUACAACAAUGACCCCUUCAAAGAAACAUAGUGGCAAUUCAGCGUUCUCUAGAAAAUCAAUAUUAUAACUCAAUAGACAUUAGACUGAGUUAUGGAAACGAUGUAUGUAAGAUAGAUUUUUGUUAAUACCUUUACUCUGAAUUCAACUUUCUGAAUAUUAGUAUUAGAUUCUGUAAAAACAACAUUUUAUAAAGAAGUAUAACAUAGAAGGUCUUAAAGACAUACAUAAUUACAAUUCUAUUGAACUUAUCUAUGAGUAACAACGUUUAUAAAUAUUUGUAGGGGUUUUAUUGUAAUUUUCCCCUCACUGUUUAGUUCAGUUUUCCAAGGAUUACUCUGCAAUUUUAGUUUUUGAAUUUCUUUUAACAACCUACUAUUUUGUCCCACUUUUAUAAACCUUUUUAAGUACAAUGCCUUAAUUGUAAAAUAAGUAAACGUACAAUUAUGAUUCUGUAAUGUUUUUCUAUAUAAGGUCUAAUUAUGUAAGCAAGAUGGACCAUUUUUGUACUGUUUUUAUACUAUGGAGAGCAAGUCGGUAAUCUUUUCGUUUUUCUGUCACAAGGACCAAUUUUGAGAUCAUUUUCUGCACAUGGACUAUUUCUGUAAAUACAUAACUCAAUACUCUCAUACAUUACUUUUGUUCUGGUCUUUAUUGCUAUUAUCGAAUUGGGGGUUAAUUUCGAAUUUUCUUACUUUAGAUUGUGUGAUUAUAAUUUGUUACAUGCAUUAACAAUCUUGAAGCAAAGUGGAGUGCAAUCCGAGAGUGGUCCAAGGAUGGAGUCAUCCAUUCCGAUUAAGGUGAAGCUGUCCAGUCAACGAAAAUGGAAUGAUGUUGCGUCCCACGGUGACCAUGGCCCACUACCUCCAGAAUUCAAUUCACCAACAAAGUUUGUUGAGGAUAAUACUGUAAAAAGACAUGAAACCAAAUCCAUACCUGGUAAGUUUACAAAAAUAGUGACCAGUGGAAAACAACCCACACCAACUGACGACCUUCACACCAGUCUGCAAACAAUCAACAACCUCAACUUUCAAAUCCUUCACCUUAAGAACACUGAUCUCCUGCACUUCUUCCGACCACCUCAUGAAGGAAAGCUUAAAUCACUUCAUCACACUUUACAGAGACAACCAUCACUAUGCUCCAAGACAUGGUCCAAAUUCUGGAGGCUAGAAACAUAUAACCAAAAACCAAGUGAAACGAAGCAGUUCAUCGUCCCCU